AGGGAGGCCGGGGGCGGCGAGGUGACGCGCGUGGGGACCUCGCCGCCUCAGCCCACGUGUCCGCGAGAUUUAAAAGUUGGCAGCGCGCAGGGCGGUCAGUCUGGCCGCCGAGCCGGGCGAGCAGCGCGCCAGGAACGCAGAGGCUCGGCUACAGCAUCGCGUGGAGCGCGGGUCGGUGCAGCUCAGGGUCCCGGGCCCCCAGCCGCCAGCAGGAGCCAACAUGCCGCGAGCAGCAAGGCAGGUGGCCGCUGCGUCCCCGCUCCUGCUACUCCUACUGCUCGCCUGUUGCGCGGGCCGCUGCCGAGGUGCUCCAAUAUUACCUCAAGGAUUACAGCCUGAACAAGAACUACGAUUGUGGAAUGAGAUAGGUGAUGCUUGUUCGUCUUUCCUGUCCAUGGGUUCUCAGCCUCAGGCAUCCAAUGCAUUGGAGGAGCUCUGCUUCACAAUUAUGCGGAUUCUACCAAAGCCCCAGGAAACAGAUGAAAAAGAUAAUACCAAAAGGUUCUUAUUUCAUUAUUCAAAGACACGAAAAUUGGGCAAUUCAAAUGUUGUGUCGUCUGUCCUGCAUCCGCUGCUGCAGCUCGUUCCUCAACUGCAUGAGAGAAGAAUGAAGAGAUUCAAAGUGGACGAAGAAUUCCGAGGUCCUAUGGCAAGCCGAAGUCACGGAUACUUCUUAUUCAGGCCACGCAAUGGAAGAAGGUCAGAAGGUUAUAUUUAAAAUGGAUGACAACUAUUUUCUGCAGAAGCAAUGCCAUGGAAUACAAAAUGUACUGACAUUUUUUUCUUCUCAAAAACUAUCCUUGCUAAGUUUACAGAUUUGAGAAUCCCUGUGUUGUAAACAUUCUCCGUAAACGUUGAGAUUGUAAAUGUUUAAUGUGUUGAAAAUUUAAAAAAGCAUCUUAAAAUAUUUUUUCUUAGUGCUGUAAUGAUAAAUAGUGUGUAAUAAAUCUGUAAAUAAUAAUGUUCCUUAGAUCCCUGAAGCUUCUGAUGGAACUCGUAUACAAUGCUCUUUUGUUAUUUUUAUUAAAGGCGCUUAGUAGAGAGUUGAGUUUUAAUGAGGUAUUUUAGUUUAUCUUAUUUGGAUUUCAUCAGUGACAAAAUCACCAGCUCUUAUAAAAUACCAGAAUGCCCAAUAGGUGUAAUCUUAGAAUGUGAGUACUAACUAAAACUAUACUAGUUGGAGGAUUUGGCCAUGAUUCAUCCAAAAGUCCAAUAAGCAAGUUCUGAUUUACAUACUGUAAAAUAGAUGUCUGACUGCUACAAACAAAUCAUGAGACCAGCUUUUUCUACCAAGUAAUAGUAUUCAGUUUAUCUUAAAAUAAGUUGUUUCAUCCUGCAACAUCUGAAAGGCAACCAGCCUUGUCCAUUACCAGAAAGAAAACAACCUUACUCGUAGGGGAUCAUGAACACAGUGGGUGAACUUUUUACAUCAAACCAUGUUUAAUGGACACAGUGAACCUCAGAUGGAUGUUGAAAUUAUCUCCCUUCAGGUUCCCCUGAGUUUUCCCUUGCAACCCUAUCUCUUGGAUAACCACCUUCUCUACCAAGCAGGUUGCUGGCUGAUUAAAGAAGGGCGGCUCUCCGUGUGGGUAGCAUUAGGUUUAUAUUCUUCAGAGUAGAGUAUCUAAUAAGCCUUUGUCUUACUAACAUUGACCACUAACUAUAGCUUAAAUUAUGCCUUUUACUAACAAAAUCCCUGAAUUUCAAUUCUUAUCAACCCAUGUGAAGAACAUAAGAAGGAGCAGAAGAGAACAAAAAGUACACCCUUUUUAAAAAAAUGAAUUAACUCAAAAUGAAGCUCUUGCCAUAUGCAUUGAAUCCAUAGCUCAGCCCCCAAAGCUUCCUCAAGUUUGGAAGUAUAAUUAAUCAGAUUGGCCUCUUCCCGGCUUUUCCAAUGUAAUGUUUUAAUGCUCAGAAAUUUCCAGCAAAGAAAAUGGCCAUGAAUAAGGGAAUGGUUAUAUAAAAGGAUUUACAUCUUUGCCACGGAAUUAUUAUGUAGUCGUUCGUUGAUACAAAUUAACUUGGCGGAGCAGAUUCCACCAUCUUGGUAUUGUACGUGAAAAAAAAGUCAUGUUCCAGAGAGAAUGUGUGUCAUAUGAACGCAUUUUUAUAAAGCAUGCAGUUACUAACAACCAUACAUGAUUUCUGGGCCAGAGAGAAAAAGCAUGAAGGAUCCACAGCAGAUCCUAAUAUUGGCUAA